GGCUUCUUCUGUGGAAUUCAAGCAAGAGUGUUCCAAGCAAGUGGUCGAUGACAGCAGAGUUUUCAAGAAGAUUCAAGGUAUACUCAGAGACACACUAAGUAAAAGAGGAGUUCGGGUUAUAACAGGCUUAGGAAAGUAUUUCCGACACGUAGACAAGAACAGAAAUGGUUUUCUCUCUCAGGCAGACUUUAAAGAAGCUCUAAAAGUAUUCCGUUUGGAAAUACCUGAAGAGGACUUUGAAUCUUUAUGGCUUACUCUUGAUGAUAGCAAGAGUGGUAAGGUCGACUACGGAGAAUUUACUCGUGCUGUAUUUGGAGAAAUGAAUGAAUAUCGGAAAGCAUUUGUAAGAAAAGCUUAUAUGAAACUAGAUUUCAACAAAACUGGGAGCGUGCCUAUGGUAGAUAUCAGAAAAUGUUACUGUGCAAAGAAACAUCCUCUAGUAUUGGCAGGCAAAGCUACAGAAGAAGAAAUCAAAUUGUCAUUUCUAGAAACAUUAGGAGAGUCUUGCAGCAACCCCAAUGAAGUGUCCUAUUCUGAGUUUGAAGAUUACUAUGAAGGAUUAAGUAUUGGAAUCAUGGCUGAUGAUGAUUUUGUCAAUAUCUUAAGGAACCCUUGGGGAAUUUAGAGUGCAAGAUGACAAAAAUGAAGAGGAGACAUUUUCUAAACAAGGAGUGAGCUUAAUAAGGGAGGAUUUAGUCUUGAUGUGCAUUACUUCAUAAUUAGUGUCUUAAACUGAUUUCAGGGACUGAAAAUUUUAGAUGCUUUCAGAAUAAUACAUGGCAAAUUUCUUAGAGCAUUUGUUGAGCUAUGCUAACCACUUUUUAAAUAUAAAUGCUGUUCAUUCCUUUUCACUGGAAAUAAUAAAGGCUGUUCCCCGUACCAAAAGGUGUCAUUUACUUGAUAUUAGAAUGAAAUGACCUAUUUUAAAAUAAGAAGGAAUUAGAAACUAAAAGGCAUGAAGGGGUAUGUGCAAGAGAAAAUUUAGUUUUAUGAUGCACUGUGAAAAGCUUUAAAUUUGAUUGUAUAGGUACCAAUGGUAGCUUUUCUU